AUGGCCGCUAAGUCGGAUGGAGCAGCGGUGUCUGUGGAAGAUGACAACACGCCCAGGAGCCUUUCGGAGCCGGGGAUCCCCGCCGCCCGGCCCCGCUGCAGCGCCUUGGGCGGGAAGCCGUACACGGUGCUGGACUGCUGCUGGGUGCUCUGCGCGCUGCUCGUCUUUUUCUCCGACGGCGCGACCGACCUGUGGCUGGCCGCCGACUACUACCUGAGAGGUGACUACUGGUGGUUCGGCUUGACGCUCGUCUUCGUCGUGGUGCCUUCCGCUGUGGUCCAGAUAUUGAGUUUCAGGUGGUUCAUGUAUGACUACUCGGAUCUGAGCUGCGGGGAUGGAGCGGCGAGCGGCAACGGGAGCGGCGCGGUGGCGGCAGGCGGCGCGGCCACGGCGAGCGACACUUUGAGCACCAAGGACAGCGACCAGCGCGGCGGGAGCGCGGCAGCGGGGAACGCGGCAAAUGCUACCCCGGUUUAUACAGCCUCUGCUCCGCCUGCGACGGCAGGGAGAGUCGGGGGCCCCCGGAGGUGCUGCAUCGUCUGCAUGUGGGUCUUUCAAGCCGUGCUCCACGUCCUGCAGCUGGGUCAAGUCUGGAGGUACAUCCACGCCCUCUACCUGGGAGCCCAGAGCCGCUGGCACAGGAGUGGGCCGCUCCACCACUUCCACUGGCGGCUGAUGUUCGAGAGCGCCGACAUCACCAUGCUGCGGCUCCUGGAAGCCUUCCUGAAGUCCGCCCCGCAGCUCGUCCUGCAGCUCAGCAUCAUGAUCCACGGGAACAUCGUGCACCCUCUGCAAGGUCUCUCGGCUUCGGCCUCCCUGGUCUCUCUGGCCUGGAUGAUCGCCUCGUACCAGAAGGUUCUCCGAGACUCCCGCGACGACAAGCUGUCGAUGUCUUACAAGGCCGUGAUCACCCAGAUGCUGUGGCACUUCUUCACCAUCGGGGCGAGGACUGUGGCCUUUGCCCUCUUCGCCUCCGUCUUCCAGCUCUACUUUGGCAUAUUCAUCGUCAGCCACUGGUGUGUCAUGACCUUCUGGAUCAUCCAAGGUGAGACCGACUUCUGCAUGUCCAAGUGGGAGGAGAUCAUCUACAACAUGGUGGUGGGCAUCAUCUACAUCUUCUGCUGGUUUAAUGUCAAAGAGGGCCAGAGUCGCUUUCGUAUGACCGUCUACUACUCUGUGACGCUGGCAGAAAACGUGGCGCUGACCGCCGCCUGGUACACGUACCGCGGCCAGCAAACCUCCGACUCCUCCGCCCUGGUGGUGGUGUGCCUGGUGGCCUGCAGCUUCGCCCUGGGAACCUUCUUCAUGUUGGUGUACUACUGCUGGCUGCACCCUGAUGGGCCAGUGCUGGGCUCGCAGUGGGGAGGGUGUGUGGACGAGGGUGUGGUGGGUGCGGGAAGCGUAGUGGGAGUGAUUGAUUCUUGCAUCACCCCAUCUCAAGGGUCGCAAACCGACAUGGUUAUUACCAGCCCUCCGAGGACCCUCCCCAGGACUAAAGACACGGGGGAGCCGGUUCCAGGGGAGAGAGACAAGGACCGAGACAGGGACAGUUGCCUUCCUGUCUUCCAGGUACGUCCCUCCCCUUCAUCCUCUCCUGCACUCCUUCACAGGACCUCCUCAUCAUCCCGCGCCCAGGAAGGCCCUGUGAUCCGGAUUGACCUACCGAGGAAGCGAUACCCAGCCUGGGAUGCACACUUUAUUGAUCGGCGCCUCCGCAAGACCAUUCUGAUAUUGGAGACCACGUCAGCCGUCAGCCCCAGGAUACAGUACAGGUGUAGCAUGAUGGGCAGCAAAGAGGUGUUAGAAUAUGAGACAACUGUCUAAGCCAGCAGGGGCUUUAAACUUAAAAGUGAAGUCUGGGACCAAGGCUCAGCCGAGAGAUCAGUUCUCAUCCCAGGACAACCUAUGCCAGGAGCAGCAUGUUAAAGGACACACAGAGUGGUGGGUAACUCUUCAUUCAAAAAAGAGGUUGUCAAAACUUGAUUGUAAAAUGUGAGGCGCAAUCUGGGACCAAAGCUCUCCCCCUUAGGGCGCAGUCCAGGAGUACGUAGCAUGAAUGAGUCGUAGGAAGUAAAUGGAGAAACACUGAACUGGGAUAAUCUUUGGUGAGAAAUGUAAUCUCUCAUCCUGGGACCAAGGAAUGUUAGAUUUAGUUUCAUCCUGCAUGGUCAGAACAAGGAGUAAAAGGACUUGAGAGCGAUGAAGUUGUGGAGUUUGAUAUAUCUGAGAAACAGUUUGCUGCAUGAACAUGAGCCGUGGGCCACAGAGAGCCUACAGAGACUUACCAGGGAACUUUUAGAGGCUUUGCUCGGGACAUGCAAUCAUUUGGUUUGAUGGCAACUCAGACAAUGACCUACAUUUGGGGCUCACUACCCAAUAUAAUAUAUACCCAAAACAUAUUGCUUUAGAUGUCUUGUUUCAACCACAUUUAGCCCAGUUUUAGCCAAGGCGUCUA